GUCAUCAUCUACGAGCUGGAGAACUUCCAGGGGAAGAAGUGUGAGCUGACGGAGGAGCUCCCCAACAUCGCCGAGAAAGAGCUGGAGAAGGUGGGCUCCAUCCAGGUGGAGUCUGGACCGUGGCUGGGCUUCGAGCGCCAAGCGUUCGCCGGGGAGCAGUUUGUGCUGGAGAAGGGGGAUUACCCGCGCUGGGACUCCUGGUCCAACAGCCACAACAGCGACAGCCUCAUGUCCAUCCGCCCCCUCCAGAUC